AUGAAUGUCACCAUGCCUAUUGACAAGACUCGACGUAAACGCCUCAAAGUGGUGAGCGCUUGUGGUGAAUGCCGAAGGAAAAAGACAAAGUGCAACGGUGAAUCGCCAUGCAUUGGAUGUAUUAAGGCCAAAGUCGAAUGCAAGUACAUUACUUCUCACAAGGCUCGAGCUAUGGCCCGCCAAGCACCUGCAUCAGCAUCAUCCACAAUAUCAUCAGGCAGCAACAGCAGCAACAAUAACAGCUACAACGUCAAUGGAAUGAAUCCAUCAUCAUCGAAUAACAACAACAAGCCUACAGUGGAAGCUAUUGAAGAGCGACUAGGUGUGAUUGAAGACAUUUUACGUGCAUUGUUAAAGCAAGGACAAGAAAAUGGAGGCACACCACCACCUCCACCUCCAACAGCAUCCUCAUAUUCAUUACCUGUUUUUGAUUCCAGCGCGUCAUGCGGCGGCGGCGGUUAUCAUCACCCGCUACCGCCGAGUACGAUGGGCGGUGUGCAUGCUUCCCAUGUCCAAAAUUGGCAUUUUGCACGAGACCCUAUAGCACCCACUCCAAGACGCCCUAAUGGUAGUGGUUCAGCUUUCCAUUUGCCACCACUCACUUCAUCAUCAUCCAUCUCAUCAGCUUGCUCACUUUCAUCUUCUUCAUCAACAAGCACAACUUCUUCAGCAUCCUCCACCAGCGGUGGACCUGCCAUUCGUAAUUUACUCAAUGAUCAAGAUAUCGAUCUACCUACACCACCCCCAACUGCUUCUUUCCACAAAGAAGGCCAUGCGUACUAUCAUCGUUAUCAUUAUCAAUCCGAGAACAACCUGUGA